ACUUUAGCUGUCGGUGCAAACAUUCUGGGAAAAAAGUGUGAUACUCUGAUUCUGUGAUAUUCUCAAAAUGAGGAAGCUAAUAGCUUUUGUGACGCUCAUGGUGUUGACCAUCUACAAUCUCGAAGCAAAGCAUGUUGGCAGGUCUCCCGGCAAAUUCAAUCAUGAUGGUGAUAAUAUUCUCACCGCUACUGGCCACCAUUCCAAACUUCACAAAGCUAGUCAUCCUCAUGGCCACAAUACUGCUAAUGAGAUCAAGGACGAUAAAAGGCAUCAUCAUAAACACCGCAAAGCUCAUGAUCGCAAUCGCCAGCAUCAUAGUGCCCACAAGCAUAAGCGGGGAGCUGAUUACUACGAAUCCAUCCCGGACCUCGAUUACGAAUACGUUGAAUACCAACCUGAAUACUAUCAGCCCUAUGAACCACCCACAUACUACGCUCCUCCACCACCAUGCCCACAGGAGACCGCUAGCUAUAAACCAUCUGAAGUAACAAUACCCACCAGUACCACCACCACCACCACUGCCCCCUCCACCACCAGGAAGCCAUUUUAUCAGUAUUGGGAGGCAACAAAAAUCACCACAACUACACAACAACCAAAAAUUUACUACCCUAAACCUAUCAAACCUCCAGUGAAACCCCUUCCUGACUGGAAAACAACCACCACCACCACAACGACCACUACAACUCCUACCCCGUACACUACGCAAUUGUAUCUUCAAUACAAUAUCACAAACACAACACCCGUUCCAACAAUCAUUCCAAACCCUUACAUCGUAGACCACGUGGAGCAUGAAAUUAAAAACCCACAUCAGAAUUUCCACGAUGAGUUGGUACAGCGGCACAAGGAUCGACUCGCCCACCUGGCAGAAACCAUCAAUAAUGUCAGAGACAAAACAGCGCAUGGAGUGAAAAGCAUAAUUGACCAUCUACUGCCCUCGAAGCAUACGGGCUUCCCCAACGGUUGUGGCUGUGAGCAGCAGAUUUUGCAACUGGAACAAUCGAUGUUGCUUCUGGAGGAGGAACUGCUGAAGGUUAAAUCUUUCCUGGCCGCUAGGGAGGCGUCAAUUUCCGAUGGGAAAACCAAAAUUGUUAAGAUAGUGAAGAAACCAAAAACAACGGCGGAUGAUCAGCUCAUAGUGGCAUAAUUGUUAAUUUGAAUAUUUUUUUAUUGAGUUCAACAUUUUCACACAAAGGUCCAUUAUUACUUUUAUGCAGAGAUUUGAAAUAUCUUUUUUUUUCAUUUUAAUUGUAGUUAUGUUAUCUACUUAAUUUUAUAGCACAUCAAAGCUUCAUCAAAGUAAAAUUAUUAACAAAAAACCCUACGAAUCAAAAAGCACUUAACUACUUAUACUAAUAUCACAGAACUGAGAAUAUAAAGCUAAUAUGAAUGAAUCAGCAGAAGCAGCACAAGAUAAUUUGAAAGUAGACGCCGUUCUCUUAA